UUGUGACAAACCAGAAGUGUCAACCACUGGAGGUAAAAUCCACGAAGUCAGGUGAUUUUUUUCUACCUAAAGCCAAAGGAAAACCCCAAAAUAAUUUCAGAUACGACAUCUUAACUGCCGUUCACAACUGCCGAGUGAUGUGACAAUAAGUAUGAUGUGAGAAUCUUAUUUUCGUCAGGUAUUUUGUACAGCGCUAGCUACCUAGCUAAACUCAUUUAGACAGAAUUUAGUCAGUGGGUUUUGGUGUAGCAAACAAGUCAGACUCGAUGUGACAUCGUAAUUUGACUUAUAAGCACCCUGGGUGCCGCCUUAAAACGCAGACUCAUAACUGGGCUUCCAAAAUUGUGUCAUAAAAUGUGGCUGCAGCAGAGAUUGAAGGGGCUUCCGGGCUUGUUGUCAAGUAGCUGGGCGAGGAGACUCCUCAUCGGACUGUUGCUCUUCCUCAUAUUCUACUGGUACUUGGGGGAAAAGCACAGGUGGAAUUUCUUCAGCGGCUCGGCCAUGCCCGGCGGAGCGGCUGGACAGUGCCUCCUUACUGAGAUCUACAGGUGGAAGCCUAUCGUUGAGAGAGGAGAUGGGCUGUACAGAACACCUCAGGAUCAACUGGACACGCCUUUUGUAUCAGGUAACGGCCAUAUUCUGAUCGAUGUCGACUCCAACAAACUGUGGAUAUCGGCUUCUUCACAGCCCGGCUCGGCUCCGGUACACCAGACUGACUACUCACCGAGAGUCGCCAUCAGUCUGGAGGGUAAGCGGGCCGAGGCCCAGGCCAGCAUGCUGUUGUUCCGGAAAGGAUCCGUGCUGUCGGUCCGCUGCGCCUCACCAGCCGCUGUGCAGUCACCCCGCGACUGCGUCUCCAUCAGAGAGGAGUUCAUGGCGCACAGAAGCAGACCUAAUGUCUAUCUGCAGAGAAUCCACAUCCAUAACCCAUCAGACAAAAGCGCCGCUUUGGACGUCUCCAACGGCAGUCCAUCCUUUGGUAACAAGUUCUCAGCCAGUGUGGAGAUAGUGGACGACAGAGAGAUGUUGUUGUCCUCUGGCAGGGUGCCAGUGGAGAAUAACCGGAUGGUACUGGUGGUGGUGAUCACCAAAAAGCUGAACAACAGGAUCCAGGUCGCUGCUAAAUCAGACUACACAGAUAACAUUGUGUCUGUGGUGUGGACCUCGGACCCCAUUGACUCCUCCAAACUGGAGGAGACCUUCAGCACACUCAAAGAUGGAGCCAAAAAAGAGCUGGGGGAGCUGCUGAGAGUCAGUGUGGAUGACCUGGUAAUGGAUCACCAGCACGCCUGGAUAGACCUCUUUAUUUCAGGUGUUGAAAUGAGGAAGAUCACAGACUCCCACACACCAUCCAGCCGCACAGUGAACACCACACUCUACUACAUCCUGUCCUCCACCACGGCCCCGCUGCUGGGCCGAAGACUGAACAACGAAGAACGUGCACGACUCGAGUCCAGCCUCAACUACGCUGACCACUGCUUCAGCGGCCAUGCCACCAUGCAUGCAGAGAAUCUGUGGCCUGAGAGGGUGAGCAGCACUGCUCAGAUCCUGCAGCUGGUCACAUUAUGGACCCUGACUCUGCAGAAGAGAGGCUGCAAGGUGCUGGUGGCAGCCGGGGCCCACGGGACCAUGCAAGGCAUGGUGCUCAGCUUUGGUGGCCUUCAGUUCACAGAGAACCACCUUCAGUUUCAGGCUGAUCCAGAUGUGCUGCACAACAGCUACGCCCUGAGGGGAAUCCACUACAACCAGGACCUGAUUAACCUGGCAGUGCUGUUGGACAUGGAGGGGAAGCCUUUCCUGCACGUGUCUGUGAAGCAGCAGGAGAAGCCGGUGAAGCUGUACGCCUGCGAGGCCGGCUGCCUCAACGAACCCGUGGAGCUGACGUCGGAGAUCAAAGGCCACACCUUCCCUGUCAUGGUGACCCAGCCCAUCACGCCACUGCUCUACAUCUCCACAGACCUGCGCCACCUGCAGGACCUCCGCCACACCCUGCACCUCAAGGCCAUCCUGGCUCAUGAGGAGCACAUGGCCAACCGGUAUCCAGGCCUGCCCUUCCUGUUUUGGUUCAGCGUGGCUUCACUCAUUACUCUCUUCCACCUCUUCCUCUUCAAGCUCAUAUACAACGAGUACUGUGGUCCUGGAGCAAAGCCCCUCUUCAGGAGCAAGGUCGCCAAGCGUGAGGAUGGCUGCUGUGACUCCCUGGAUGCUGCAUGAACAAAGCUCAACACAUGUCAGAGCAGAUUUAUUAACACGGGGGCGCUUCUCUCAAAUAUUCAGCUGUCUGUCGCUACCUCCCGGAGAUAUGCUGAAGAUGUCAAAACUUUACAU